UCUACUCUUAAUCCUCCCUUCUCCUCUCCUGACUCCUCAACCAUCCGCGUCCCCGAGGCCAGCCGCGCUCCUCCUCACCCCGCCCGCCUGCGCGCUCUGAGUGUGUGUGUGCGUGUGUGUGUGUGUGUGUGCGUGUGUGUGUGUGUGUGUGUGUAAAUGUGUGUGUUUGCUGCUGGGAGCGAGUCGAGCAGCGGAAGACACUUUCCCCUCUUCAUCUCCUUCACUCCAACAUGCUCACUGCUUCGGCUGCGGACUGGCUCUAGAUCACACGGUGAAGCAACACAACUCCAUGAGUUUGAUUUGGCCCGUUGACGUCGAGCAGCUCCAGUUAGAGACGCAGCCCAGAGACCCGUGGUGAGCUCGUUGCGCCGCUCUUAGUUCCCAUCAUCCUCUUCCUCCUCCUCCUCUUCCUCUCGCGGCUUGUGGGAACCGGCUCCGCCAUGUUUCCCUUCGCCUGUCCUUCUUCCUUCCUCCUCCUCUUCCUCGCCGUCCUGCUUCCCGCCUGCCAGCCGGAGUCGCAGCGCGUCGACCCGAGCGUCCAGCCGGACCCGCGGACGGCGCUGCCCUCGCCGGCCGCCGCCUCGCUGGCGCCGUCGCUGCCGUACGGGAACAGCUCCGCCUCCGGCGGUCCGGAUAAGUGCAACAAGCAGACGGUUUGCACCGAGGGCAUCCUGCUGCCGGUGUGGGAGCCCAAGCAGCCGGGCCUCGGGUACAAGGUGGCCCGCGCCGUGGUCUACUUCGUCUCCCUGAUGUACAUGUUCCUGGGAGUGUCCAUCAUCGCUGACCGCUUCAUGGCGUCCAUCGAGGUCAUCACCUCUCAGGAGAAGGAGGUGACCAUCACCAUGCCCAACGGGGAAACGUCCGUGGCGACAGUUCGCAUCUGGAACGAAACCGUCUCCAACCUGACGCUCAUGGCUCUGGGCUCCAGCGCUCCGGAGAUCCUGCUGUCGGUGAUCGAGGUGUGCGGUCACAACUUCGAGGCCGGCCAGCUGGGGCCGGGGACCAUCGUCGGCAGCGCCGCCUUCAACAUGUUCGUGAUCAUCGGGAUCUGCGUGUGGGUCAUCCCCAACGGCCAGUCACGCAAAAUCAAACACCUCAGGGUGUUCUUCAUCACCGCCUUCUGGAGCAUCUUCGCCUACAUCUGGCUCUACCUCAUCCUGGCUGUCAUCUCGCCGAGCGUCGUGGAGGUCUGGGAAGCUCUGGUGACGCUGCUCUUCUUCCCCGUCUGUGUCCUCCUGGCUUGGAUCGCCGACCGCCGUCUGCUCUUCUACAAGUACAUGGGCAAGCGUUACCGUGCCGACAAGCGCCAUGGCAUCGUCGUGGAAACCGAGGGGGACCUGACCCCCACCAAAGGCGGCAUGGAGAUGAUCACUGACGGCAAGCUGCCGGGGGGAAGCGCCGUGGUUCCUGCUGAGAACGGCGGGGACGGAGCGGCGGGCGCCACGGCGAACAGCAUCGGCACUGCGGCAGUCGCCAGGGGCAACCUGCCCAACUCCAACAGCGCCACUGUGAACGUGGAGAGCGGCAGGGAGCUGGACGAGAGCCGCAAGGAGGUGAUUCGCAUCCUGAAGGAGCUGAAGCAGAAAUAUCCUGACAAAGAGCUGGACCAGCUGGUGGAGCUGGCCAAUUACUACGCGCUGCUGCACCAGCAGAAGAGCCGCGCCUUCUACCGCAUACAGGCGACCCGGAUGAUGAUCGGAGCCGGAAACGUCCUGAAGAGGCACGCCGCCGACAACGCGCGGCGCGUGGUGGUGGUCGACGAAGUGGAGGCUGAGGAAGACGACCUGGCCGUCUGCAGCCACAUCUCCUUCGAGACGGCCCACAGUCAGUGCAUGGAGAACUGCGGCGUUCUCACGCUGGCCGUGGUCUGCCAAGGCGGUUUGGGGGAGAACACGUUCUACGUGGAUUACAGAACCGAAGACGGUUCGGCCAACGCCGGGUCCGACUACGACUACAGCGAGGGAACGCUGGUGUUCAAACCCGGAGACACUCGGAAAGAGAUCAAGGUCGGCAUCAUCGACGACGACAUUUUCGAGGAAGACGAACACUUCUUCGUCCGCCUGCUCAACCUGAGAGUCGGCGACGCCGAGGGGAUGUUCGAAAGUGACGAGGCGGGCAGCGCGCCCAAAGCCCGGCUGGUCGAGCCCCUGGUCGCCACGGUGACCAUCCUGGACGACGACCACGCCGGCAUCUUCACGUUCAGCGAGCGCCUGGUGCGCGUGAGCGAGAGCGUGGGCACCAUGGAGGUGACGGUGGUGCGAAACUCGGGCGCCAGAGGCACCGUGAUUCUGCCGUACCACACCGAGUCGGGCAGCGCCAUGGCGGGGGAGGACUACGAGGAGGCGCGCGGGGAGCUGGAGUUCACCAACGACCAAACCACUCAGACCCUCCAGGUGAUGAUAAUCGAUGAUGAAGAGUAUGAAAAACAUGAAAACUUCUUCAUCGUUCUGGAGGAGCCGCGCUGGCUGAAGAGAGGGAUCUCAGCUCUGCUGCUGAACCAAGAGGCGGCGGAGGGGCAGCUGAGCACCGAGGAGGAGGAGGCCCGGCGGAUCGCAGAGAUGGGGAAGCCCAUCCUGGGGGAGCACAGCCGCCUGGAGGUUGUGAUCGAGGAGUCCUACGAGUUCAAGAGCACCGUGGACAAGCUGAUCAAGAAGACCAACCUGGCGCUGGUCAUCGGCACUCACUCCUGGAGGGAGCAGUUUGUGGAGGCGGUCACCGUCAGCGCAGGUGAUGGAGACGAUGAGGAGGAAGGGCGAGGGGAGCGGCUCCCGUCCUGCUACGACUACUUCAUGCACUUCCUCACCGUCUUCUGGAAGGUUCUGUUCGCCUGCGUCCCGCCCACAGAGUACUGGAACGGCUGGGCCUGCUUCGUCGUGUCCAUCAGCGUCAUCGGCUUCCUCACCGCCAUCAUCGGUGACCUGGCGUCGCAUUUCGGCUGCACCGUGGGGCUGCAGGACUCUGUGACCGCCGUGGUGUUCGUGGCUCUGGGAACCUCCAUCCCAGACACCUUCGCCAGCAAAGUGGCCGCCGUCCAGGACCAGCACGCCGACGCGUCUGUGGGCAACGUCACCGGCAGCAACGCCGUCAACGUCUUCCUGGGGAUCGGCGUGGCGUGGUCGGUGGCCGCCAUCUACUGGGCCAUCAAGGGGAAGCAGUUCAAGGUGGACCCGGGUUCGCUGGCCUUCUCCGUCACACUCUUCACCAUCUUCGCGUUCAUCUGCAUGGGGGUGCUGCUGUUCCGGCGCCGGCCCUCCAUCGGCGGCGAGCUGGGCGGCCCCAGGGCGUCACGCCUGCUCACCACCAUGCUCUUCUUCGGCCUCUGGCUGCUCUACAUCUUCUUCUCCAGCCUGGAGGCCUACUGCCACAUCAAGGGCUUCUAGUUUCAGGAGAGCGCAGAGGCCGGUCUAACGCGACUCGACGACAGACACGUGUUCAUAUGUAAACAGAUCAUUGGAGGAGAAACUGAGCAGGUGUUAGAGUGAGCUGGGCUGAGACGUCAGGCCCGGCGGGUUCACUGCUGGUCUAAAAGAUGAAACACAUUCCCUCCCGUCUGCAGCGACUUUUAUGUUUUUACGCCGAGGAGGUGGAGAAAAAGAGUCAAAUGUUUACAAAACGCUAAAAUCACACGUGUUUACUACAGCAGGUCCUCCAUGUGCGCUGUAAAUAGACCGGACGCUGAAAACGUUUCAGAGGAGGAAAAAUAGUCCCAAAAUGUGAUUAAUUAGCAGGGAAAUGAGUUUAGACGUGUCUCCUUAGCGCCUAGUCUCUGUCGGAGGACGGUUUUGCAUGCACAAAACACAACCAACCUGUUAAAAGGGAAAUACCCAGAAUCCACCUGUGAUUCUGAGCCGUCUGCUCUGUUAGCAUGCAUGCUAACGGACUCGCCCACUGCUGCAGUAGUAGAACGACUCAACAGUAUUAGUUUACAGCAAAUCUGUCAUUUAGGAACUCAUUCCAGCCAUCAACACGUUCACGUUGAUGCUCGCAUGGCAAAGAUGCCUUAAGGGAUAAAAACUCACAUAAAUGUGGUUUUCAGAUAUAUUUAUUCCAUGGAUAUUGAUAUAUUUAUUCCAUGGAUAUUGAUAUAUUUAGUCCAUGGAUAUUGAUAUAUUUAGUCCAUGGAUAUUGAUAUAUUUAGUCCAUGGAUAUUGAUAUAUUUAUUCCAUGGAUAUUGAUAUAUUUAUUCCAUGGAUAUUGAUAUAUUUAUUCCAUGGAUAUUGAUAUAUUUAUUCCAUGGAUAUUGAUAUAUUUAGUCCAUGGAUAUUGAUAUAUUUAGUCCAUGGAUAUUGAUAUAUUUAUUCCAUGGAUAUUGAUAUAUUUAUUCCAUGGAUAUUGAUAUAUUUAUUCCAUGGAUAUUGAUAUAUUUAGUCCAUGGAUAUUGAUAUAUUUAGUCCAUGGAUAUUGAUAUAUUUAUUCCAUGGAUAUUGAUAUAUUUAUCGAUCCGGUUAUAAAUUUUUGCUUAUUAUUUUUUCUUGAUUUUGGCCGGUUCAGUCUUCCAUCUCUGUCUUUCUGUUGAUGUAGAACUAUUCUGAUGAGAUGAUUUAUUUAUUUUCCUAAAGCUGAGCUGCGCCGCAGAGUCAACAGAGUGCGGCCAUUUUGUGCAAUACACUCCAUGUUGUCCGUUCACGCCUCCUGCUGCAGUGUUUACCGUCUCUCUGUACAUUUCUACACCCAGUCCCUGUGAAGGAGGCUCUGUAAGUGUAAGUAGCAUGUUUACAUGACGGAACCGACAGUCUGGCUGCAGGAGAACUGAGCAGCACCGGUAGGAACCGGUAGGAACCGGUUGGAACAGAUGGAAUGAGCUGUUUGGAACGAGUUAGGACCGGUUGGAACCGGUUUGAACUGGCUGGAACCAGCUGGAACCAGUCGAAACCAGUUCGAAACCAGUUGUAGUUGGUCAGAACCAGUCAGAACUGGUCGGAACUGGUUGGAACCGGUGGGAGCCAGUGUUCCAGACACCUGGAACACACUGGAACCAGAACUGCUCAGUGUUUCCGUGAACUUCUGUACUAACUGUCGGCCCGUUGGGUCUUUGCUGUUCCUUAGAUAGAUGUGGUCACUGCCGCCUCGCCCCUCCCCCACUGUGUUCUGUGUUUCCGUGUUUCUCCGGACAUGCAUGAUGAAUCCGUGUGUUUGUGUGUUAGCAGCAUGGUCUACCCUGAUGGAGACGUUUUAUUUUUUUAUUUUUCUAAGUCAGUCUCCAUUUGCACAGAAACACUGUUUCCUCCGUUCGGCUCAUUCCCCGGUUUGUUUCCGCUGUAAAAUCUCCGUGUCCGUGUUCGUGUACCCCCUCCCCCACCCGUUGCUCCUACCCAGGUCUUGCUCUCCAAUGUGUCUCUGUGUGAACUUGUUUUAUGUGAUAAUUAAAAGAAGAUUUGUCUCUGCCUGAACCUUUGUAGGGAAACUGUACGACGGCGAAUUAGGGCCGUUAUUGAUAGGGAAAAAAAGUAAAUUCAGAAAAAGCUCAAAAAUGUUGAGAUUAACCGUAGAAAUAUUUGUAGAAAAAAACUUGAAGAUUUCCGAGUUUAACAAUUUGAACACAUUUGAGUUUGAAAACUCUAAAUUCUGGUCAAAAAACAAAAGCGUGGAAAUUUUGAGAUUGAAAAAAAAUGUUUCAAAUGCAGAAAAAAUUUCUGAGUUUGAAAAGUCAGGCUUUUAGAAAAAAAAACUUGUCUGCAAAAUUUGGUAGAAAAAAACUAAAAUUUUGAGAUUUAUAUCUCAAAAUUUCUAGAAAAUAGCGUGAAAAAUUUGGUAGAAAAAAAAUCUGACUUUUUGAGAAUAAUCUCAAUAAUAAAUUAAACUUUUCAAACUCUUGUAUUUUCCAGAGAAUAUCUGAGAUUAAUCUGAAAUUUUCACAUUUUUUGAGUGAACAUUCACUCCUUUUUUGCUAUUUGCAAUGGUCCUAAUACACCGUCUUAAAACUGACUGAGUUAUUAUAAUAUAAUGUGAUAGACAUAUACAUUUAGUCAAUAUUCUAAUAAAUUAAUUGAAGUUUUUUGUAUUAAAUGUAACAGAAAAAUUUGAAGAAAAAAAAUCUUGUUUUUGAAAACUUGGCAUGAGAUGUAACGUGUUACUGAAAGAAAACGAAGGUCUUUAAUCACGUGAACUUGACCUUAGUUAAAUAUAGUUUAUUUAUUUUCAAUGUG